AUGCAACUGAAGCAGCAAGAAGGCUCCGGCACACCGGCCGAGACGCAUUCUGGCGAGGAGUUCAAGAAGCUCUCCUCCAGCCUGCCCCUCGGCCAGCUGGUGCCGCUGUCCCAGAUAUCCGGACCCACCUAUGUCACCGCACAGCUCCUGGUCCAGCAGGUCGCGUACAAGCUGUCGGACAAGAUCUUCUCCUACUCCCCCGAGACGUUCGACCUGGACUUCGCCGUCAGCGAGUGGUCCCGAAGCAAGGAUGUCAACAUCCACGGCUACCCUACCUCGGUCCUGCCGCUUCAGACCCGGACUGGUGCUGGUGCCUUUGCCCUCGGCUACAUGUUCUCCGAGGACUUCGAUCUGAGCAAGAGGCACAUCCCUCAGACGCUGCUGGCGCCAUCUCUGAGCCUGAGCAGCCUGCGGUCCUCACUCGAUCAACUGUCUCUGCUGUACAGCGUCGCCAGCCCCUUUGUCGCACACAUUGCGGCUGUCGACUACUCCGCCGAGGAUGGUCUGGUCUCGGAGUAUGGCCGUGCUCUUCAAAUUGCAGAGGAUCUCGGUCUUGGUCUCGUGAGCAGCUCUUCUGCCUAUGAGAUCCAGCACAUGUCUCUUCUGUCCACCUUGCUGGCUUCUAUCUUGCCGACUCUGCACGUCUACGAUGGUGUUCGGACUUCUCGAGAGACAUUGAGGGUCAUUGAUGCCCUCAGCGAGGUUGGCAUCCGUGAGCUCUACACCAGCUUGUCCAAGCACGUGCAGGGCCUGAACAUCCACCUCGACAACGCUGGAAAGGUUCUGGACCUGCUCAACGCCUUCAACAGCGAGCUCGGCACCGACUACAAGCCUUUCGAGUACUUUGGUGACGAGGACGCCGACACCGUCAUUGUGGUCUUCGGCAGCGUGGAGUCUCAGAUCGCGAACCACGCUGUCUCACAGCUGUCUGCUGAGGGCAAGAAGGUGGGCGCCAUCAGCGUUCGCCUGUACCGCCCCUUUGUGGAGGAUGCGUUCUUGAACACCCUGCCAGCGUCCGUCAAGCAAGUUGCUGUGCUGGGCCAAGUCCGAAAUAACACCGAGGUCGAUGAUGCGGCCAUCCAGUCGAUCCUGUACUCGGAUGUGCUCACGGCUGUGUCCUUCUCCAGCAAGUGGGCCCAAGCGCCCGUUGUUACCGACGUCAAGUACGCUGCGUCUGAGGCUUUGACGCCGACCAGCUUCCGCUCCAUCGUUCAGAAGCUUGUCGGCAAGGAGGACGACUUCCAGGCAAAGACCUCCACCCUGAACAGCCAGGUUGAGCAGUACACCUUCUGGGAUCUGGACAACUCGGCUGCUCUGCACGCACCUGCAGUCGUUGGAAAGUCUUUCACUCGCGAGUCUUCUGACAACAUCUAUGUCCACGAGACUCAUGACAACCUAGUCCGCGGUGGCGUCAUUCGCACCGACAUCCGCAGCUCAAAGAAGACGGUCGAGGCCCCGUACGCAGUCGACGAGGCUGAUGUUGCGUAUGUUGGCGAAGAGAAGGUGCUUGAGAACGUCAACGUCGUCGGAAGCAUCAAGUCUGGCGGCAGCCUGCUUCUGAGGCUCCCGGCUCUGAAGGACGAGGAGCUUGAGAAGAGGGUUUCUCCUGCGGUCAGGAAGAGCAUCCUAGAGAAGUCUUUGAAGCUCUUUGUCCUUGACUCAUCGUUCUCUCCAGCUCUGGAAAACGAUCUGGAGCUUCUGGUCGAGCUGGCAUUCUUGCGAGUUGCCCGGCCCGAUGGAGUCACCGACGCCGCCAAGAACCUUUCUGCUCCUCGUGAAGGCACGAUUCAGGAGUGCAAGGACGCACUGAACCAGUGCCUGCGCCAGGUCGAGGUCCCAGCUUCGUGGGCUGAGCUCCCGGCCGACUACACCUCCCCUGAGCUCUCCGCCGGGCUGAAGACCACUGGCUUCACCGGAUUCAACAAGGAGGAACCCGAACAAGACUUGCAGCUUAGCAGCUGGGAGUCUGCUGCCAAGGGUCUUGCCUUCCAGGAGGCUUACGGCACACAGGCCAGCCUCCGACCUGACUUGACGGUGAAGACAUACACUGUUCACGUCAAGGAGAACCGCAGGCUCACUCCUGGCAACUACGACCGCAACAUCUUCCACAUCGAAUUCGACCUGGGCGACUCGGGUGUUACCUACAAUAUUGGUGAGGCCCUUGGCAUCCACGCCGACAACGAUCCCGAGCAGGUCCUGGACUUCAUCAAGUCGUACGGCCUCAACGCGGAUGAAUUGGUCCAGGUGCCCUCGCGCGAGGACCCCAACGUCCUCGAGACCCGCACCGUGUACCAAUCCCUGGUGCAGAACUUCGACAUCCUGGGCAAGGUGCCGAAGCGGGCCUUCGAGCAGUUCGCCGAGUUCGCCACCGACGAGGUCGAGCAGAAGAAGCUGGCCGCCCUGGGUAGCAAGGACGGCGCGGAGGACUUCAAGAAGCGCUCCGAGAUCGACAUGCUGACGUACGUGGACGUCCUCGAGGAGUUCAAGUCGGCGCGUCCGUCAUUCCACGACCUCACGAAGAUCGUGGCGCCGCUCAAGCGCCGUGAGUACUCGAUCGCGUCUGCUCAGGCCGUCACACCGACGUCGGUCUCGCUCAUGAUCGUCGUGGUCGACUGGGUCGACAGCAGGGGCCGCACGCGCUACGGCCAGGCGACGCGCUACCUGUCCGGGCUGGCGGUCGGCACGCCCAUCACGGUCAGCGUCAAGCCGUCCGUCAUGAAGCUCCCCACCAAGGACACGGCGCCGCUGAUCAUGGCCGGCCUGGGCACGGGCCUGGCGCCGUUCCGCGCCUUCGUCCAGUACCGCGCCAUGCAAAAGGCACAGGGCAAGGAGAUCGGCGCCAUCCUGCUCUACCUCGGCUCGCGCCACCAGCGCGAGGAAUACCUGUACGGUGAGGAGUGGGAGGCGUACCUCGACGCGGGCGUCAUCACGCUGCUGGGCGCCGCCUUCAGUCGUGACCAGCCCCAGAAGAUCUACAUCCAGGAUCGCAUGAGGCAGACCAUUGACCAGAUCGUCAAGGCCUACAUCCAGGAGGAGGGCUCCUUCUACCUCUGCGGCCCGACCUGGCCUGUGCCUGAUGUCACCGAGGUUUUGGAGGAGGCCAUCGCCAAGGAGGCGAAGAACAGCGGACGUAAGGUUGACCCCAGGAAGGAGAUUGAGAAGCUCAAGGAUGAGGGACGAUACGUGCUCGAGGUGUAUUAA